UCACGUAAAUCUCUCUGUAUCUCUAAGUACUAUAAAAACCCCCCCUCGUUCAAGAACCCUAGCAAGUAAUCCCAUCCACAUCUAUCUAGUUUCAGGUUUCUUGAAAGCGAUGAUCAUGGCCAAAGCCCCCAUCAAUGGCAUUCUUCUUCUCGGCCGGAGAUCAUAUGGAGCACUAGCGGAGAAGGCCACGGCGGCUGCAAGGGCGACGGCAGCAGGUGCGAUGAGGAAGGUGGCGGACGAGGAGGAGGAGAAGAAGGUGUUCUGGAUGAGAGAUCCCAAGAGUGGAAACUGGAUACCGGAGAGCCACUUCGAUGAGGUUGAUGCUGCAGAGCUGAGAGAGAAGUUUCUCUCCAAGAAAAAGGGCAAACUCUGAACAAGAUCUUUAUAAUAAAUGUGGCUUUUCCUUGAUCUAUAAUCCCUUAUUUAUGAUAAUAUACGAUACGAUCUGUGUUGUGACC